AUGUAUCGUUUUAUGCGCAGUCGGAGGAAGGAGGAGCGCGCGCCCGUGGGGCGCGGCGGCGGGCUCCUCAACGCGCUCAAGAACAGCUGGCGGGGGCUGCUCUCCUUCGUCCUGUGUAUCAUCUGUCUUGGCGCGCUAUGCCAGCCGGUUAUGGAAGGCAAAAACACUUUGAUAGCAAUAUGGCUGUGUAUGUUCGUGCUCAUGCUGAUCCGGCCCGUGGCGGUGGGCGCGAGCGCGCUGGUGCCCAUCUUCGCCUGUCCCAUGCUGGGGGUACUACCUAGUGAUGACUGCUGCGGCUCUCUUAUUAACGAGAACAUAAUGAUGUUCUUUCUCGGCGGAUGGCUACUCUUAUUGCUGAACAACUGUGGCAUGGACAAGAGGAUUGCCUGCCUCAUUCUGUGUUCAGGAGACAAGAAGGCGUAUACGCCGCUAAAGUUGCUCUUAAAGUGCUGUAUGGCUGCUUUCUGCAUUUCGGCGAUUGCUGAAAGGGAUUUAACAACACAAGCAAUAAUGAAGUAUGUUAUAGAGGCGCUAGAACCUCUUAAGGCAGUGAAAAAUGAAGCUAAUUUCUUGGAGUUAAAGAACAUUCUGUGCAACGCUAUAGCUGUAUCUUCGCUUCUCGGUAGUAUGUGCUUCGUGCAUGGAUCUCUUACGACGUUACAGCUCAGGUCAAUGUAUGCCGAACCCACAGUAAAGGACACGGAGUUCCCUGACGUGUUCAACUUCCUCAACUACAGCGCCUACGCCUUCCCCACCGUUAUCGUUAUGCUCAUACUCAACACUAUCUAUGAGGCGGUUUUGGUCAAGGUAUUGGCGGCAAAGAAAACAAUGAGUGCUUUAAGCACAGAAAAAUUACAACAAUCUUUCGCCAAAAAUAAAAAGGAUCUUGGACCUUGGACUAAACAUGAAAUGGUUUCCACGUUUUUCCUUGUUGUUAUCAUGGCAUGUUUCUUCACCCGCUGGUCCCCUUGGCUCAACAUGGGCUGGGCCACCUUCCGCCAGUACGGCGGCGAGGCCCCAGAUCUGUGCGCAGUAAAGGAUGCCACUACAGCAGCUAUAUUCGUUGUCCUUUUACAUUUCCUGCCAAAAUCGCUUAAUUUCUUGAAAAUAUGGACGGUCAAAAGGCACGGAGAUUUGCCGCCGAUGAAAGUUGAAUCUGGAAUAUUGUUCUGGAAGUUUGUGGAUAAGAAUACCGAUUAUUCCCUGUUCUUAGUUUUCGGCGCCGGCUCGACAAUUUAUAAAGGCAUCUUCAAGACGCACCUCGAGGAAGGCCUGCCCAACAGCGGCGGCAACGACAUCACCGGCAUGGCCUGGUACGGGGGCAUCUUCAUCGUGGUGCUCGUGUCGGUGGUCCUCGGGAGCGUCAUGACGGGCAUGGCGGCGCAGGCUUGCCUCAUGCCUCUCAUGUUGGCUAUGGCAAUGACGGGGCAGGGCAAGUGGCCCGGCCGGCGGAACCUCGUGGCGCUCGGCGUGGGGCUGGGCACGGGCCUGGGCUUCUGCCUGCCCUUCGAGCACACGCCCAGCGCCUUCGUCAGCAAGACGGCUAAGGUCCAGCUUAAGAAGCAGAUAAUGUACUCGAUCGCGAGCUCAAUAAUCUGCAUGAUCGUGCUCUGGCUGAGCCUCUGUUUCUACGCGCCCGUGCUGUGGGAUCCCGAGGACAAGGGCAUCGUGACCCAGGCGCUGCCGGGAGGAGAGACGACUCCUGCACCAGCAGCUCCUUAGAACUCUAUACACUCCAAAGGCAGUCACAGUACUGCAUGGUGAUUAAAGCGCCUGGUGCGCGUCUACUCCGCGUGGACUACGGGGUGCCUAGCCAAGGUGACAAUCGCGACCGCUACGAAAACGAAACUCUUUGUGACUCUCUAUCAAUUUUCCACAUUAGUGCGACAGUGAUAGUUGAGCGUUCGCUACGGAGUGUAAUAAACGAUUGGCAUGUUGGCUACGCAUCUAGAUGUGCGAGUUGCAGCUAGUUUCUUAAGAAGUCGGAAAAGUUCUCAGAAAAUUCACAGGAAACAAAGAAAACGUUGGUUUAUCUUGGAGAUUAUUUCGAUACAAAAAUAUAGAAGAUCCGAAAGUUUUCCAAGUAAAAAAUUUCACUGUUUUGAAAACUUUCCGACACCACCUCAGAGGGCCUACCGCGAAUACCGAAGUUCGCAAAUUGCGGGCAUUUUUCUCGGAUCUUUUGUUCCAAUUAAGGCGUAAUUAGAGUCACAGAGAAGGAUGCCCGCAAUUUAAGAACUUCGGUGUUCGCAUUCGCAUUCCGCCUAAAAACAAGUAUUCGAUUAUAGAAACGAAAAGGUUAUAAUAAAAUUGUGACAAGUCUUGACUGGUAUGGUCUUAUGGCACUUUUAGUGGUAGUAGCAAAGAAAGUGCUAUUACCUACGUAUCUUUUUGUGCUUGUCACAGUUUCACUUCACUUUUGAUGUUUGCCUUUCUAAAAAGUAAGUGCCGCGUUAAAACGGCAUACGUCUUGUUGGGCAAUUGUACCCGUGGGGUGUACCCGAUUUAAUUGCGUAGGUAUUUUUUGGUACCUAUGUUGGCAUCAAUGUUGAAAAAAAUUGAAAAUUGUAAAAAAAUGUAUAUUAUUUUUAGAAUUGCAAAGUCAAAGUCAAAGUCAAGAAUACUUUAUUCAUGUAGGCCUAGUAACAAGCACUUAUGAACGUUUUACAUUGCAUACGUUCUGUCCCUCUCAGGAGCAUGCAUGUGGUAAUUCUAUGGUAUAAGUGCUUUGAGCAUCCCGCGCGCUAGCCGCCUAAUAAUUUGGAAAUUAAUUUAAACUUAAUAAUGUAAACCGGGAUAAAUGUAAUUAUAGCGAAUACGUACGAUGAUUGGUCGGUUGGUCUCUAUGUUAGGUACGAGUACGUUAUAUUUCCAAGUAGCUCGGGCUUAUUAUCAAUCUAAGAUGACGGAACUCUUAUAAUUCGCGUUGUUAUAAAUAAUGUAGUAGUAAUCGCAUUUGUUCCGGUAAACCUUAGUUAUAUUUUUUUAUUUACGAGUAUGUAUGGAGAGAGUCAAAUGAAGCUUAGGCUAAUAGUUUAGUUAGCUAUUUAUUGAAUUAAAAUACGUACCUA